AUGUUUAGACGUAAGAAAGACAAGCCGGAGGAAACAGCAGUGGACAAGUCGAAAUUAAUACCGAUCGAAACACCCAUAGCAGAAUUGGCGGAUUCCAUCCAUCCUCCUAAACCAGUGGAAUUGUCAUCGGAACAGCAAGCCAAGUACAUACAGGUGCUUAAACACUUCCAGGAUCCAGAGCUGAAGGUUCCAACAACAGAAAAGGCUAACGGCCCAGAGACGUCUUUGGAGCCUAUAAAAGUGCUGGAAAGGGCAUGGCUCACCAGAGACUGUCUUUUGCGGUACCUACGGGCUACUAAAUGGAAUGUCACAGACAGUAUUUCCCGUAUCACGCAAUCGCUAGCCUGGAGACGUCAAUUUGGCAUCGACGAUUUCGGUGAAGAAAACGGCGACAAGCUAACAGCAGCAACCGUGGAGGAAGAAGAAAGGACAGGAAAACAAGUUGUGUUGGGGUUUGAAAACGACGCCCGGCCAAUUCUGUAUUUGAAAGCCGGACGCCAAAACACCAAGACUUCGCAUCGCCAAGUCCAGCACCUGGUUUUCAUGCUCGAGAGAGUCAUCGAUUUCAUGCCCGCUGGUCAGGACUCCUUGGCAUUGUUGAUCGACUUCAAAGACCACCAAGAUGUGCCCAAAGUUGCCGGUAACAGUAAAAUACCACCCAUCGGAGUGGGCAAAGAAGUGCUGCAUAUUCUACAAACUCACUAUCCCGAAAGAUUAGGCAAGGCACUUCUUACAAAUAUUCCAUGGCUGGCUUGGACUUUCCUAAAGAUGAUCCAUCCUUUCAUCGAUCCAAUGACCCGUGAGAAAUUGGUCUUUGAUGAACCUUUCCCAAAAUACGUUCCUGAAGAUCAGCUCGAUAAGCUCUACGGCGGUCUUCUGGACUUUACGUACAACCACGACGUGUACUGGCCCAGACUACUGGAGAUCUCUGCAGAAAAGCGCUCUCAUUACCUGUCACGCUUCGAAAAGUUCGGAAGUAAGGUCGGGCUGAGCGAAUAUGACCUUAGAGGAGACCACUCGGAGAUCCUUCAUCCUGUCGAGUCCUCCAGCACAUAG